GUAUAAUCCAUUGCUGCUUUGUGUAGAACAAGUCAAGCACUGUAGUGUCUGUAUACAAUGUCUUACCCUGGGUACCCUGGAGCACCUGCUGGAUACGGUGGAGGGUAUGGCGGUGCCCCUGGAGCCCCUGGUUAUGGAGGAUUCGCUGGUCAAGCUCAGGAUCCUCUCUAUCCUUAUUUUUCUGCAGUGGCAGGACAGGAUGGUCAAAUAGAUGCCGAUGAGCUCCAAAGAUGCCUUACCCAGUCAAACAUUUCUGGAAGCUACAAACCAUUCAACAUUGAGACUUGCAGGCUGAUGAUCAGCAUGUUGGAUAGGGAUUGCUCUUGUAAAAUGGGCUUCAAUGAAUUCAAGGAGUUAUGGGCUGUUUUAAGUGCCUGGAAACAGCACUUCAUGACUAUGGACAAGGAUAGAAGUGGCACAGUAGAUCCUGAAGAAAUGAGGCAGUCGAUCGCUAGCAUGGGUUACCAUAUAAAUCCCAAUGCUCUGGUUGUAAUCCUAAAGCGAUUUAGCAUCCACGGGAUGAUUGCUUUUGAUGACUAUGUGGCUUGUUGUAUAAAGCUUAGGACCCUGACUGGUACGUUUUUCAUUUUUGUCUUAUUGAUUUUCUCUUAUCUAGUAUGAGACCUAGAUACUGUAAUGGUUUGGAAGAAUCAAGCUAAUACUCUACACUGCCUGGGUGGCAUAGCAAGUUUGUACUGAAGAUGCCCAUACUAUAGGUCUUCCGUUACCAUCUAAACAGAGGUGUGUGGCAAACAUUAUUAAAGUAUAGGAGAGUAAUUUUUAUGUCAGAGUACACUGUAUUGCAUUGUACAGAAAACAUAAGAACAUGACUUGGAACCACAGUAGUUAUUGGUUUUGGGAGAACUACAAAUCGGAUGAAAACUUGUUAAUGUAACACUGGAAGAAACAAAAGAGACAGUGCUUUAGAUAGGAUUCAGAACGGUAUUCAGAGAAAUCGUAACACUGAGACCAGGUAAAAUCCACUUAGUAUCAUUAGCACUGUGAGGCAGUCUUUCAUUUACAUUUUAUUUUACUAUAUAAUACUGGAUAGGCUUGCCAGAUUUUUGUUUGACAGAGUAUAGAAAGUAUAAUCUACUUCUAGAGUCUUCAAGUAACAAAAAGGUAUUUUGAUACAAGAUAUUUGAACAUUCUCGCCUGAUUUAGCAGUAAACAG